GCCUCCCCCAGGGCCCAGUAGCCUAGGCGAUGGCAGCUCUUGCACACACCUCCCUAUGGCCCUGGAAACUCCUACUCCCCUAUAGAUUGAUGACGCUAUGGCAGUGCUAGAUUUGGAUGGUGAUGGAGAAGUUGACUUUAUGGAGUUUAUUGAAUUUGUCACAGAUAUCACCACUGAACUCCAGGACAUGUACAUCCACAAUGUAAGGAAAUAUAAAAGAAUUCCCCAGUUUGGGGCCCAGACUCGGCUGGAGAAAGCAAUUGUUGCCCUGAUAAAGAUAUUCUAUAAGUAUGCUAGUAAAGGCGGUGACCCAUUCUCACUGGAGACAAAGGAACUCAGACAGCUUUUACGGAAAGAGAUGCCGACACUACAUCCCUGUUUAAAUGGCGACAACCAAUACAAAGAAAUCCUGCAGAAUAUGGAGAGCAAGAGCAGAGGUCAAGUCGAUUUCAAGGAGUUCAUGUCUUUUGUGGCAAACUUUGCAGUAGCCGUAGAGUUCUCGUUCCUAAACGAUGUCGAAAUGGAUGAUGAAUGACGGAGAUAAUUUCUUCAUUUGUAUUACCUGUUAUCGUUCUUUGUGU